CGUGUCAAUUAUUCAACUUACAAGGCGCUGAACCUGUAUGUUGGGCAAAUCGAUGGAACUGGUCACAGGAUCAGUUGAGAGCAAUGGACUUAUGAUGCAUCAUCGACAAUAAACGAAGCUCAACUUGAGAACACGAAAAUGUACUUCGGUCAAAUUUUCGAGCUGCACGGCUGCAUUUACGUAAACAGGGUUGGACUUUGGAGUUUGGACUGAAAACGACGAUGUCGAUUUGUUUGACUCUACUGUUGGAUGUAGAUUUUGUACGGCCGCUAUUUAUGGCUCUGCAUUUUGCAAUUAUCAUAUUGAUAGGUAGUUUAAGAUCUCAAAGAGAUGGCCGGCUGUGCUGUUCAAGGAGGUUGUCCGAGCGAUUACAUCGCCGUUGCUGUAUCCGUUAUCGCCGUGAUUCUGCUUCUUGCUCGUUCAACAUUACCCUUUUUGGUUCACAAGAUUCCUCGCACAAAAAGCAGUGAUUUCUGGAUCUUGAUAAUUCAAGUUGUUGCCAGCUUCAACCUAUUAUUUUCAAUGGUGAUGGGCAUCAAUUUUCUGAAAAUAAAAAAGAGACAUUGGUGGCAAUCUUGCUAUAUAUGGGCAGUCUGGCUUGAAGGUCCACUUGGAUUUGGUUUGCUGCUGAGCUGUCGCAUAGUACAGGCCUUUCAACUGUAUCACAUAUUUGUCAAGCGGCGUUUACCACCAAUGAAAUCAUAUAUCUUGCUUCCUCUGAUUCUUUCACCAUGGAUUGUUGGGGCUUCAUUUAUUCAUAUGAAGAAGCCUUUGAAUCCCCGUUGCCACUUGCGAGGUCAAUGGGUUAUCCCAGUUGUGUGCCUCCAUGCCUUGUAUAUUGCUGCCUUGGCUGUUGCGACAUGGUCUGUUCAACAUAUCAAGUUUCAAUUUAAUGAAUUUAAAGACCUCUUGCAGGGAAUAAUUGUCUCUGCCACCUCCAUUGGAGUAUGGAUUGUUGCGUACAUUAUGAAUGAAAUCCAUGAAAAUACGGAAUGGCUUCAAGUUGUCUCCAGGUUUCUGCUACUAGUAAUGGCAAGCAUUUUUGUACAUGCUUUCUUUUCAUUAUCAAUCUCUCGACCUUUGCUCUCACAAAUGAGCUUGAGGAGAAGGGAAAAAAGGGAAUUUGAGACAAUGGGUAUGGCUUUGCGCAUACCUGAUAGUGGAUUACUCUUACAGAGGAGAGCCACCCCAGAGAUUGAUCAUAAUGACCCGCUGGAUAGGCUUCUUCUGAAUAAAAGAUUUCGCCAGUCCUUUAUGGCAUUUGCUGACAGUUGUUUGGCUGGAGAAAGUGUACAUUUUUAUGAGGAAGUCCAUGAACUUGGAAAAAUACCUGUUGAUGAUACUGUAAGAAGGGUUUAUAUGGCACGACAUAUUAUUGAGAACUAUAUAGUUGCUGGUGGAGCAAUGGAAGUGAACAUAUCUCACAGAAGUCGACAAGAGAUUCUGGGUACUCUUGACCUGGCACACCCUGAUCUGUUUAAUAAUGCAGUAAAUGAACUGCUCCAAUUGAUGAAAGUGAACUUGGGAAAAGAUUACUGGUCAUCAACAUUCUUUAUGAAGUAUAAAGAGGAAUUACAGUCGCAAGCAGAUGGCCAUGAGCUCAUGGAGCGGGUAAUUGGAUGGGACAUUUCUCAGCUGAGUUCUAUUCAUGGUGUUGAUGAUCCUUUUGGCCAAGAACCUCCCUCAAAGGGCUCUGUGACAUUCUGAUGUUCACAAUUCAGACACAUGGUGGAACCUGGAGAUACUUGAAGUGGAAUGUUCAGUUAUGUCAGAUAUGUAUCUUUUUUUAUUUUUUUUUAAUUUUAGGAGAAUUUUUUAAGUCUGUUGUAGAAAGAAAAGACAAAAUGGGGGUGGGGGGGUGAAGAAAAUGACAAAUAGAAAAGGAAAAUGGGAUAUGACAAUCACAGACACUAUAUGCAACACAUACUGUUUGUUUUUCCAAGGCUGAUGAUGUAACAUGUGUAGAGAACAUUGAUGUGGGCCCCACAGCUGUGGUCCCACUCUGUCCGUAGGGUAGAAUGUAUCUAGUCA